UCCAGCCGAUACCAAGUCCUCCCAUUGGCAACCCAAAGCAAAGUUUAAUUGCACCACAUAAACAUUUUCAAGUCCAAAAUUGCCUAUAAAAUCACCAACCAGGUUCCUUUCAGUCCACACACAAAAAAAGUAUAGGGAAGGGUAAGAAAUCGCAGAGAGAAAUUAUAAUGGGGGGUUGGGCUAUAGCGGUGCAUGGUGGCGCAGGUGUGGACCCUAAUCUCCCACCGGAGCGUCAAGAUCAAGCCAAACAACUCCUCACUCGCGUUCUCAAUCUUGGCAUCUCUGCCCUUCGUUCCAAUGCUUCUGCCCUCGAUGUCGUCGAACUUGUCGUACGGGAACUGGAAACAGAUCCACUGUUCAACUCUGGUCGCGGAGCUGCUCUGACAGAAAAGGGAACAGCGGAAUUAGAAGCAAGCAUCAUGGAUGGUUCCAAUAGACGAUGCGGCGCCGUUUCGGGCGUCACCACCGUCAAAAACCCCAUCUCACUCGCUCGCCUUGUCAUGGAAAACUCACCCCACUCCUACCUCGCCUUUAACGGCGCUGAAGAUUUCGCCAGACAACAGGGUGUGGAGAUUGUGGAGAACGAAUACUUCAUCACCCCUGAAAAUGUUGGUAUGCUGAAACUCGCAAAGGAAGCAAACGCAAUCCUGUUUGAUUAUAGGGUUCCAUUGCACAAUGGAUACGAAAGUUGCGGUGUGGAGGUUGAGAAUCCGUUGCAAAUGAAUGGACUGCCGAUCAGCGUGUACGCGCCGGAGACGGUGGGGUGCGUGGUGGUGGACAGAGAGGGGCGGUGUGCGGCCGCCACGUCGACAGGGGGAUUGAUGAACAAGAAGUGUGGUAGGAUCGGUGACUCACCUCUGAUAGGCGCAGGUACUUACGCGUGUAAGGUGUGUGGGGUGUCGUGCACUGGGGAAGGUGAGGCUAUAAUACGUGGUACGCUGGCGCGAGAGGUGGCGGCGGUGAUGGAAUACAAAGGACUGGAGCUUCAGGGGGCAGUGGACUUUGUGAUGGAGCAGCGCCUUGAGGGAGGGAAGGCAGGGCUGAUAGCGGUGUCGAAUACUGGUGACGUGGCGUAUGGAUUCAACUCUAAUGCCAUGUUCAGGGCAUGCGCCACCGAGGAUGGAUUCAUGGAGGUUGGAAUCUGGGAAUAAAAUGUUGUCUUGGUUUGGUGAGAUUCCUUUGAUGGGGAUUCUGCAGUUGUCAGUGGUCACGUACUCUCUCUUGUUUUCUUUCGUUUUUAUUUCCUAGUUCUAUUGUCUUAGAAUUAGCGCCUUUUUUUUGUUUUUCUCAGCGUCAUAGAAAUGUUACUAGUUGUUUCUCUUUUUCUCUACAAAGGAAUUCCCGUGAGUGAUCAGUGAUCCCUCCAUACACACGUUCCUCUCUUUCUGUGCUCU